GUUAAUGCCAUGGCCCAGACAAUGCUCAGCAGACCCUCUAAGGUCGUGGAAAAGAACCUUGUCAGUUGGAACAAGUGCCCUGAGCCUGAGAGUACUAUUCUCUGCUAGUGAUUGCUAGUUUGGAAUUGAACUUCAUUUCAACUCAUUGUUUCUGACAUGGCAAUAGUUCAGGCUGAUGUUCUUUGGCGGCCAGAAGAUGACUACAAGGUUAAACCGACACUGGAACAAGGGGGCAUUUAUCGACCGGAUAUCCUUGCGGUCGUAGAUACCGCUAUCGAUAGUCUCAGCGGAGAUCUACGAGAACUGAACCUCGAUAUUCAUGAUCAUCCAGAGCUUAAAUACGAAGAGCGAUACGCCCACGAUGCGUACACCUCUUUCUUAGAGAAGCGCGGUUUUGAAGUCACGAGGCAUUACCUCUUGGAGACCGCAUGGGUUGCGACCUAUACCCACGGGCGGGGGGGACACGUUCUAGGGGUGAACUCAGAGAUGGAUGCGCUCCCGGGCAUCGGGCAUGCGUGUGGGCAUAAUCUCAUCGGCAUCUCAGGUGUCGCUGUCGCCUGUGCAGCAAAAGUGGCGAUGGAGCAGCUCAAUAUCGAUGGGAAGGUGAUUCUGCUUGGUACACCUGCCGAGGAAGGCGGAUUUGGGAAAGUGAAGCUGUGGGAGAGGGGAGCAUACAAAGAGAUGGACGCGUGUCUCAUGUGCCACCCUGCUCCUGGUCCCCUUCACUCCAUCAGCUUGAGCAGCUGCCUUGCAGUCAUACGUCUGGAGAUAGAAUAUACAGGUCACACUGCGCACGCUGCACUUAGCCCCUGGGAAGGAAAGAAUUCGCUGGAUGCAGCUGUUCUGGCAUAUACGAACAUCGCUUUGCUGCGCCAGCAGAUCAAGCCUACGCAUCGCGUCCAUGGAAUUAUUGAGGGCAAUAAUUGGGCACCGAGUAUCAUCCCUGACAACUCAAAGAUGUACUAUUAUAUCCGUGCGCCGACCACCGUUGAAGCGGAAGAGACGCUCAAGCGCGUCGUUCCUUGUUUCGAAGCAGCAGCGCUUGCAACCGGGACGAAUGUCAAGGUGACCAGAGGAGCCACCGGGAAUGAGCUUGUGCAGAACAAAGCCCUUGGUGACGAAAUGGCUGAUGUGGUCAGGAAGAAGUACGGCGUCAUUGACUAUGAAUAUGGGAUCAGCGGUGCAUCAACAGACUUUGGAAAUGUUUCGUAUUUGAUGCCUGGCCUACACCCCGGAUUUUCCAUACCAACAGUCCCGGAAGGCGGUAACCAUACUCGGGCAUUCACCGAAUCGGCACGUUCGCAGGCUGCUCACGAUGCGUGUCUCGUUGUCUCAAAGGCCCUUGCACACGUUGGCAUGCGCGUGAUCACGGACGGUGAAUUUUUGCGGCAGGUGAAAGAUGCUUUCGAGGAGCAAAAGAACAACAGGACGUGAAAACACGGCACAAAUACGAACAAUAUAACUACAUUGCCAGGCUUACAAAUACAACGACUUCUGAUUUUGCUUUCACUCCAAACCCAACCUGGCUGGGCGAGCUGCUCACCACUUUUCGUGGGCAGGACGCACUGUUCGGAAGUGUGUGAGAAAUGGGUAAUGGCAAAUCAUAGCCACGCUUACGGUCGAUCUCCCAAGUCCAGGCUGAGCUAUCUUGCUUGACGAGGUACUCAUAGGACUGAGGGGUGUGAUCAGUUCAGACGCGUGCUACCACAAGAACGCUCCAACCUUUGCGAUAGCGUCGGGAUCAAGCCGGACAUCCUGGUUGGCCUCCCAAGAGGGGUCGUCUCGCCGAGAUUUGGUGCGGUCAGUGAGAAUACCUGUUACUCAUUAGACGAUCUUUUGUAGUUGCUGAUAUCAUGCUUACCGCCGUCGAUGAUACUCUGCGUAACACGCUCAAACGUUCAUAAACACUCUCAGCACCA